CUCUCCGCCCCCGUUACUUUCUCCUCUCACAGAACGAAAAAAGAAAAAAAAAAGAAAAAGAAAAGUCACCGCCAAAUUCUCAAAAUCUAUAAACCCUAACUCAUGAUCUCGAGCCCUAGAUCUCAAUCAUGAGACCGAUAAAGCUCCCGGAGCCCCCGAGCUGGUUGAUGGCGACGCCGGAGAUCUUCGAGGGCGGGGUGAACGCCAUCAGAAGGGCAGUCGUCAUCGGGAACGGUUUCGCCGGAGCUGAGAACCAGAGCAUAGGUUUGGUUCGCGCCCUCGGCCUCGCCGACAGACACUCGAUUUAUCGGGUGAUCAGACCGAGAGGCGGAGUCAAUGAUUGGCUUCGGUUUCUUCCUCUUUCUUGGCAUAAAUUUGUAGACAGUGUAAUUAAACAAAUCUUUGGGGAAUCAAAAUUGGGAGAAACGCUCCAAGGAAGGAGAUUUGUGCCAUAUCCUACGCAGAACGGUGGAAAUGCCGGCUUGUCAUCUGUAUUGGAAGCUGAUGCUAGACAGAUCGCAUUCAGUGCUCGUGAGAAUUUUGAGAAGGAAGGCCCUCUCCUAGUUGUUGCAUCAGGGAGGGAUACCAUCUCAAUAGCGAGUUCAAUAAAAAGAAUGGCACCGAAUAAUGUUUUUGUUGUUCAGAUACAACAUCCGAGAUCCCGGCUGGACAGGUUUGACUUAGUGGUGACCCCUGAACAUGAUUACUAUGCUCUGACCGCAAGUGGACAACAAGAAAUUCCUCGAAUUUUGAGAAGGUGGAUAUCUCCAGAACCACGUAGUAAGAAUGUUGUCUGCACAGUAGGAGCUCUGCACCAGGCUGACUUCACUGCACUUCGUGUGGCUGCUACAACGUGGCAUGCUGAGCUAGCUCCUCUUCCGAAGCCCUUGCUUGUGGUUAAUAUAGGAGGGCCUACAAGCCAUUGUCGAUAUGGUGCAGAUCUGGCUCAACAAUUAUCAGGUUCAUUGCACAAUGUGUUAACAAGCUGUGGAAGUGUUAGAAUUUCUUUCUCUAGAAGAACUCCACAAAAGGUAUCUGACAUUAUAUUAAGGGAACUAGGUGAUCAUCCCAAGGUGUAUGUGUGGAGUGGCAAAGGUCCAAAUCCUCAUAUGGGUCACCUAGCAUGGGCUGAUGCUUUUGUCAUUACUGCUGAUUCAGUUAGUAUGUUGAGUGAGGCUUGCAGCACAGGAAAACCUGUAUAUGUCGUUGGAGCUGAGCGUUGCAAAUGGAAAUUCUCUGCCUUCCAGAAGACUCUUCGUGAACGGGGCUUGGUCCGCCCAUUCACAGGUUUAGAGGAUAUAUCUAAUAGUUGGAGCUAUCCUCCCCUGAAUGAAGCUGCAUAUGUAGCUAAAAGGGUUCGUGAAGCUCUUGCAGAGAGAGGGUGGACGCUACGUUGACACAAACUGUACCUCAGAGCAUAUACAUACACGUUUCACGGUUACAUUCAAAAAUUAAUUCAAUGCUUACUGUUUUUGUUGAGGAUUUUGAGAGUUAUAUCAUAAAUUUGGCAUUAGCCCGGCUUGUAAAAUACGAAGAGUGAUGUGCAAAAUCAACUUGGCUACAGAUUCUGAAUUAUAGUUUUGCAUUGUAAUUACCCAGUAUUUUGCGAUAUGAGAGACCAAACAGUCUCCUUACAGAAUUUGAUUUUGUCGGUACCGUGCUUUAAUGUUUA